AUGAUCACUAUGAUGACCAUGCAGUAUAAACAAACCCACCUAGGGACGUUAAACGCCAUACAUGUAGCCGGCACCAAUGGGAAAGGAAGCACCUGCGCAUAUAUCUCAUCCAUACUCCAGAGCUCCGGGUGCAAGGUGGGACUCUAUACCUCACCACAUCUUCUCAGCAUCCGUGAGAGAAUUCGGAUCAAUGGCAAGCCGAUAGAGGAAGACGCCUUUGCGAAUGCUUUUUUCGAAAUAUGGUAUAAACUACCACGUGAGGCUAGUGCCGACACGGAUAUCCCCCGAUACCUCCAGCUUUUGACCCUUCUUUCUUUCCAUGUCUUUUUCAAGGAAAAGGUUGACGUUGCAGUCUAUGAGCCACACAUGGGUGGCGAGUUCGAUGCGACGAAUGUCGUAUCAUCGCCCGUCGUGACAGCGGUGACUCGAAUUGCAGAAGACCAUGUCAAACUCCUCGGACCCACUAUUGAAAACAUCGCUUGGCACAAGGCGGGGAUAUUCAAGCCUCGUUGUCCGGCUAUCUCAUCACCCCAAGAUUUAAAUGUUGCUAAGGUGCUUGAACAACGUGCAAACGAGAAAGAUGUGACGCUGUUAUUUGUUGAACCUGAUUCAUCACUGCAAGUAACGAGAUUUCAGAAGGAAAAUUGCUCACUUGCCAAAGCAGUAGCCCAGACAUGGAUAUCACUCAGGGAGCCCGAUAGAUUGACGAACCUGAGUAAAUUUAUUGACCUUGGCAUUGAAAAGUUUGAUUGGCCUGGCCGCUACCAGCAGAUAGAAGAAGGCAAUCACAGCUGGUUCCUUGACGGUGCUCACAACAAAUUAGGGCUACCCACUGCGGUAUCGUGGUUUGCUGAGAUGAGCGAAUCACAAAGUCUCAACAUUCACCCCUUGAGAACGGUCAUCUUCAGCCAUUUUUCAGACCGUGAUGGCAUGGAACUUUUACGCAUUAUUAAGGAAUCCCUCGAUAGUGAAGGUCUCGAAAUAGAGCACAUGAUAUUCACUACGUACGCUGAAAGAAAGGACAGGCAGGCAAUGAUCGACAGAAAUUUCAAGGCCCGAUCUUCAGUGGAAAAGUUACAAGUGAAGCUUGCAUUUAGUGAGCGGUGCAUUGAGAAUUAUUGA